GUUUGAAGUGGACAGAGAUGGAUCAAUUGCAGACAUCCCAUUCACACAAUGGUCCUUCCACAUAAUCUCUACAAAAGCGAUUGCUUCUAUCUUCCGCAAGGCUUUUGCUGCCAAUAUGUCCAGGGAUUCGAGGCCCCUGCCGAUACUGUUACCAAACAUUGCGGGGCGUGGAAGAGGAGUCUCAAGAGAGCCUCCACCACCACCGACAAAUAAGCAUCCUCAGAAAGAAAGAAAACGGAUAGCUGUUGCGUGCGAAGCUUGUCGCAUGCGCAAAACAAAGUGCGACGGUAGACAACCAAAAUGUAAUAAAUGUGAUGAACGCCGAAGCACAUGUAUCUAUGCUGAGGUCAUUCCCAUGAAGCGAAAGUAUGAGGAACUGGAACGCCAGAGGUCAGCCCACGAGGAGCUCUUCGAGAUGCUGAGAUCCAUGUCAGAACAAGAAUCGUACAGCGUGCUUCAACGGAUUAGGGCCGGCGCCAAUCCAGAAUCAAUCCUUAAUCAAAUCAGAGACGGUAACCUCCUUAUGCAGCUGGCUCUGGUACCAGAACAUAGGUCCCGAUACGAAUUCCCAUAUAUGCGCGCAAUGCCAGAAUUCUUGCUGCAGUCUGAAAAUAUUUAUACUGACACGCUAGUUUAUGAGUUUUCGUUCGCCAAAGCUAACUAUCCUGGUGGUCAAGAACUUCAGUCUGGUGUUCAAAACUCCCAUGCAAGCCUCUAUAUGACGCCGUAUCAUUCGGCAAAAUUGGUAGAUCCGAACCUAGACCACGCUAGACCAUCUGAAUGGACUUCGGUCUGUUCCAAUAACCAUUUGAUGCGCAGGCUCAUUGGGGACCUUUUUCUUUCGGAAUAUCAUAUGGGCUCAUUCUUUCACAAAGAUUACUUUCUUCAGGAUAUGGCUGCAGGUCGACAUCAAUGUUGUUCUUCACUCUUGGUUAACGCCGUGUUGGCGUGGGCUUGUUUCUGUGAUCAGGAGAACCCAUGUAGGGCUGAGUUCUGGAACCCAGACAACUUAGGUUAUCGUUUUCUGGCCGAGGCUCGGCGAUUAUGGGAGUUGGAGGUUAUUCAGCCUCAGCUUACCACUAUUCACGCUGCACUUAUUUUGAAUGUUGUUUACAAUAUGAAUGGAGCGGACAAGCUUGGGUAUCGCUACAACGCGCAAGCAGUAGCAAUGGCCAAUGAGCUUGAGAUAUUCUCUCCAUCUACUGGGAUAAGUAAAAGAGAGCAAGACGCCCGAGACUUUACUGCUUGGUUUCUGUAUGCAUAUCAAGGGCCCAAUAGCUACAUGAUGCAUAAGCCUCCCUUAUGCCCAGUUCCCCCCAAAGCACCCUUACCAGACCCAUCGGAACGGCCGGAUUGGUAUAGUGAGAUUCGGUUCAAAUUUCCUUCAUCUUCAGCCGUGUUCUCUUCUCACUUCGGAUAUUUUCUGAGGGCAAGAAUACAGUUAUGGGCCAUUGCCAUAGAUAUGGCGUCUGAGUUCUUCACCGAUGAGAACAAUCACUACCGCCCAUCAUCCCCUCAGGUUCUAGCUUACUGCGCAAGGUUGUUGGAAUGGUACACUGAUUUACCGGAGCCUAUGCAGCCAAGGAGAAUUGUUACUCCCUACCAACUCCAACUCCACAUGCAAUACCAUAAUUUCAUUAUCAACCUUCUUGAAGAGCCAAUGGCAACCACCCUAAGCCUUCCGGAGCAUAUGACCGAAACGUUGCAUAUAUUGAAGCAACAGCCCAAAGAUAUGCUUCUCGAAUCAAAACGCUCUAUGGAGAUACUCGUGCGUCUGUACUACCUUCGUCACGGAUUCAAAGCGAACAACGCGAUGAUGGUCCAGUACCUCAGUCUCCUUGCCUUUAGCACCUUUGCCGCCAUCCAGGCUGAUACUCAUCCGACAUAUCUCCAAUCCUUACGAUCCACUAUAAUCUUGGCUGCCAUGGGCCUCCGCGACCAAAGCCAUUCUCACUACCUCGGCCAGCUAGUAUUCAACGCUGUCCGCGGGAAUAUGGGAGCCGAGGAAAUCGAACUGAUUGAUCGAUUCAUAGGGCAAGGCCGAGGCGUAGCAAAACUACCACCGAAAGACUGGCGGAUGCAAACGAUCUGGGCGGUAGAUUCCGGGAGUAUAACUGCGGAGAAGCGUUUAUUGAGUGACCUGAUAAAGCCUGACGGUGACGAAGGCCCAAAUUCAAGAGUGCAACAUGACUAAUAGAAGGAUACUCGAGAUAGGUGCGCGCAUGUGCGUUAAAAGAUAUGAUUUUUUUUUAAAUUACUACCAACGCCAUCGUUCUAUACUACGACUAACUAGCAUACGUGACGCUUACGCAGUCUUUAUGAGUAUCGGACCAACUUGGUUAGGACAAUC